GGGAGCCGGAGGCGGAGGCGGGCGCAGGCAGCGGCGCCGGGGCCGGGACUCUGGCAGGCAGCGGCUGGGAUGAGGCGGGGGGGCGGCUGUGGGGGCAGAUAGCGUCCCGCGGGGAAGCGGCCGAGUGGGGCUCGGAGCAGAGGCGGGGGCCGCCCGGCAGCGCCAUGGCGGCGCAGUGCGACCCGCUGAGCGGCUACCUGCCGCAGCCGCUCUCCGACCCGGGCUCCAACAGCGAGCGGAGCGCCGACUCCCCGCUGCCCGGCUCCGAGGAGGACUCGGCCGGCCCGCGGCCCCUGCGCAGCCCCGAGUGGGGCGAGGAGCGAUUCCGGGUGGACAGGAAGAAACUGGAGGCCAUGCUGCAAGCUGCUGCUGAGGGCAAAGGCAAAAGUGGGGAAGAUUUUUUUCAGAAGAUUAUGGAAGAAACGAACACACAGAUUGCUUGGCCAUCCAAGCUGAAGAUUGGAGCAAAGUCAAAAAAAGAUCCCCAUAUUAAAGUCUCUGGAAAAAAAGAAAAUGUUAAAGAAGCUAAGGAGAAGAUCAUGUCUGUCUUGGACACAAAAAGUAAUCGAGUCACCCUGAAGAUGGAUGUUUCACAUACAGAACAUUCUCAUGUGAUUGGCAAAGGCGGCAAUAACAUUAAAAAAGUGAUGGAAGAAACAGGAUGUCACAUCCAUUUUCCAGACUCAAAUAGGAAUAAUCAAGCAGAAAAGAGCAACCAAGUGUCUAUUGCAGGACAACCCGCUGGAGUGGAGUCUGCCAGAGUUAGAAUACGGGAGCUGCUUCCUUUGGUACUUAUGUUUGAAUUACCCAUAGCUGGAAUUCUCCAACCCAUCCCAGAUGCUAAUUCUCCCACAAUUCAGCAUAUAUCACAGACUUAUAACAUUUCAGUUUCCUUUAAACAACGUUCUCGAAUGUACGGUGCUACUGUCAUUGUCAGAGGGUCACAGAAUAAUACUAGUGCUGUGAAGGAAGGAACAGCCAUGCUUCUGGAACACCUGGCUGGUAGUCUGGCCUCUGCAAUCCCUGUGAGCACGCAGCUCGAUAUUGCAGCACAGCAUCAUCUCUUUAUGAUGGGUCGAAAUGGCAGUAACAUCAAACAUAUCAUGCAGAGAACUGGUGCUCAGAUCCACUUCCCUGACCCCAGUAAUCCACAAAAGAAAUCUACUGUCUACCUCCAGGGCACUAUUGAGUCAGUCUGUCUUGCCAGACAAUAUCUCAUGGGUUGCCUUCCUCUUGUGCUGAUGUUUGAUAUGAAGGAAGAAAUUGAAAUAGAACCACAGAUUAUAACUCAGCUAAUGGAACAAUUAGAUGUCUUCAUCAGCAUUAAACCAAAGCCAAAACAACCAAGCAAGUCUGUGAUUGUAAAAAGUGUCGAACGAAAUGCCUUAAAUAUGUAUGAGGCAAGGAAACGUCUCCUGGGACUUGAAAGUAAUGGAGUCACCAUAGCAACAAAUCCAUCUACAAUCUCAUGCCCUGUUGCCCUCUCGUGUCCUGGUUUGGAUAUCUUGCCCGCAGCAGGAUUAGGACUCACUGGACUUGGUCUUUUAGGUCCUACUGCCUUAUCUGUCAACACCUCUACUGCUCCAAACUCUCUCUUGAAUGCCCUUAAUAGUUCUGUUAGUCCUCUACAGAGUCCAAGUUCAGGCACACCCAGCUCUACGUUAUGGGCAACAUCUCUGGCCAACACAAGUGCCACAGGUUUUUCUGCUAUACCACAUCUGAUGAUACCAUCUACUGCCCAAGCCGCUUUAACUAGUAUUCUACUAUCUGGAGUGCCUAAUUAUAGUCAGAACACUCCAUCUCCGCCCCCUGGCUUGACUCCUGUUGACAUCCAUGUCAAUGGCAUGCAAUCUGAGAACAAAAAAGGUUCAACUUCUUUAAACGGUCAUGUAAAGACAUCAAAUAUCAAGUAUGCUGCACUAUCUGCCUCAUCACUAGGAGAAAAUGUGUUGAGCACAAACCGUAGUGAUUCAUCAAGGCAGACAAAUAGUCAUAGCACCUCAGAACAAGUGACCACCAAGUCAAAUACAGCGGAAGGCUGCAAUGAUGCUUUUGUAGAAGUGGGCAUGCCAAGAAGUCCAUCACAUUCGGCAAAUGCCAGUGAUCUGAAGCAAAUGAUGAGUUCUUCCAAACAGUCCUGUACUAAGAGGCAAACAGUAGAAUUACUGCAAGGAACCAAAAACUCUCAUUUACACACCACAGAGAGGUUGCUUUCUGAUACUGAGCUGAGUGCUUCUGAAAGUCCAGUUGCUGAUAAAAAAGCUCCUGGUAGUGAACGAGCAGCGGAGAGGGCAGCAGCUGCCCAACAGAAUUCUGAAAGAGUGCGCCUUGUUCCACAGUCGUCAUAUGUAAAUAUGCAGGCAUUUGACUAUGAACAGAAGAAGCUAUUAGCAACCAAAGCUAUGUUAAAGAAGCCUGUUGUAACAGAAGUGAGAACUCCGACAAAUACAUGGAGUGGUCUAGGAUUCUCCAAAUCUAUGCCUGCAGAAACAAUCAAGGAACUAAGAAGAGCUAAUCAUGUAUCAUACAAGCCGUCUAUGACCACUACGUAUGAAGGUUCAUCAAUGUGUCUCUCACGUUCCAGCAGUCGGGAACAUUUGGGAAGUGGUAGUGAAUCUGAUAACUGGAGAGAUCGUAAUGGUAUCGGUCCCUCAGCUCAUAGUGAAUUUGUCUCGUCAAUUGGCAGCCCCAAGCGGAAACAAAACAAAUCAACUGAACAUUAUCUCAGCAGCAGUAAUUACAUGGAUUGCAUAUCCUCGCUGACCGGAAGCAAUGGCUGUAACCUGAACAGUUUGUUUAAGGGGUCUGAUCUGCCUGAGCUGUUCAGUAAACUCGGUUUGGGCAAAUACACUGAUGUAUUCCAGCAACAAGAGAUUGACCUUCAGACCUUCCUUACUCUCACAGAUCAAGAUUUGAAAGAGCUAGGAAUUACUACUUUUGGUGCCAGACGGAAAAUGCUGCUUGCAAUCUCAGAACUGAAUAAAAACCGAAGAAAGCUAUUUGAUCCAUCAAAUGUACGUGCCUCAUUCCUGGAAGGUGGAGCUAGUGGAAGACUGCCACGUCAGUAUCACUCGGACAUUGCUAGUGUCAGUGGUCGCUGGUAGCACUAAAUUGUGGCUCACAAAGUGAAUUGUAAAGAUGGACUUGCCAAUCCUGUGGACAGCUUUCACUGCACACCACCCUCUGCACUUUGGGAGUUUGGGUAUCAAGGACCAAAGCAUUUUGUCUGCACAAGUACUUGUGCCAAAAAAAAAAAAGAGAGAGAGAGAAGACACUUGUCUGUCAUUUUUCAGAACACCAAAUGUGGAUUAUGUUUUACUCUUGUAGAUUGGACAGUAUUUGCAAUAAUAAUAAUAAUAAUAUAGGGUUCUUUGUUUAGUAUUUUAUUACCUAUAACUAUAAUGUAUGCACUGAAUUUUUACUUUGUUGAAUGAAGGAAAAAUGAAGAGCUGGGAUGCCAGAGAGCAUAACUUUUGGUUUUAUCAAGAUGGAAUUUUCUGGUACUGCUUAAAAUAAUUAUUGAGGUCUUUCUGCACUUUACAUGUUCUGUUUUCUUAUCCUGUGGGAAUUAUUUUCUCUUUCAUUUCCAUAUAAAAUAUUGUGUUGGCACUAAUCAAAUUUUGUCAGGUGAUCCUGCAAUAGUCAAAUCUCCUCACUAUAAUGGUACUAGGAAUCAGUCUUUAUGUAGAUUUUUUUUUCUAUAAAUAUCUGAGGAAAUGUUCUAAAAUCAAACCACUUGCAAGUGGACCAGUCCUAUUAUCUCUUUAUGAAGCAGCCUAGAUCUGCUUACAAUGAAACUUGUUCACUGUAACAGAUGCAAUGAAAGACCAAAAUGGACCUUGCAAUAUUAACCCUUUGCAGUCGUCAUAUUUAACUGCUGCCUGAAAUGCUGAAACUGAUUUUAAUGGUUCUUUCGAAGCAAAGGGCUAUUUUUAGUAUACUGCCACUAAAGGACAUUUAUUUAUAUAAAACUUUUCUUUUUAGACUCUAUACACCUACAAUAUGCAUCAGUUUAAACUGAGAUCUACUAAAGAUUUAUGGUAGAAAAUGAAAGGCAUUCAUCAAACUAGAGCUGUGGGCCACCAGUUUGAUUAAACAGACAACUAAUCUAAUUUGACAAGACAGCACUGUUGCCAUUUAUUAUGUGAAGCAUAUUACUUACAUGACUAUGCAUGCAGCAAUUAAGCACCAUUCAUGAAAUAGCUGUAAUAGCAUCUCUUUUGUUUAAUUUAGAUUUGUGAUCAUCAGCUAUGGAAGUAUUUAAAACUCCAAGAUGAACUAUUUCUGAAAGAAGUUAUAUUCAACAAAGAGUCCAUGUUAUAAAUGGUUAGAGCUAACUAUUGCGUUCUCAUACUGUGAAAGUCCAAAAAAUCUGGCAAUACUAUUUCUGUGUCUUUUCAGAUGUCUUGUUAUGGAUUGAUGAAGGGUUCUCAAAUAAUGAAGGAAAUCAUAAAGUGCCUCUUUUUCUGCAAUGAAAUAUGAAGUUUCCAAACAUUAAUUUGUUGAAAAGCAUUUCCCUAGGAAAUAUUGUGACUUACUUGUACUGUAAUGUAUUAUUUAUGUUCAGUGUACAAGCCUUUUAAGAUGGACAUAAACCAGUGUCAAGUGCUCUUAACAGAAGGCAUUAGAAUAACUAUUUACAGUAGUUGGUUUUUAUGCAAAAAUAGGGUGAGAAAUAGUUUUGACACUUUCUGUGUAUACAUCUUCUAAGGUGAGGAAAAAAAUCAGUUUUAUGAGAAAUUUGCACACAAAGGGAAUUUUAAGAGGUAAUUGCUUUGAGGAUUUAGAUGAUGAAGCAGUAAUAAAAUGACGUGUUGCAAUCAGCAAAAAUUAACUGCUCAGUAUGGGGUUCAGCCAUAUCCACUUAAUGGUGUAUAGUGGAAUAAUUUUCACUGCAAAUAAAAUAGCAGCUAACUCUUUCAGUGUUUAAUAUUGCAGGACAAUGCAGUUUGCAAACACAGAGCUGUAAGCAACAAAGUUGUUCCCAAAUUCUAUGAAAAUAUUGGAUAUUUGUGUGUAUAAUUCAGGCACGCUCAACUUUAUCAAACAACUAUGGAAGCUUAAAGCGCUGAUCCUGGAAAUAAUUACUCUUCUGCUUAUUUUUAUACUUUUGUGAGUAGUCCCAUUGACAUGAGAUUACUUACUUGUUUAAAGUUGAGCACUUGUGGGCUUGCAAGACCUAGGUUUGAAAAUCAAGUCUUAUAUGAACUUGUGUGCUUAGUUUUACAUAAUAUUUUAAAAGUAGAUUAAACCCUUAGCAAAUCCACUUAGACAUUUGCCUACUUAGUUUGUGUAAUUUUUUAAGUUCAAACACUUUACUUCCGCAAAAACUCCACGUCGCAUUCUUUCAUUUUUUUAUAAAUACGUAACAUGCAGUUUGACAGUAUUACAUCUGAAAGCUGAAAUUCUUGCAAUAUUAAGUUGAUGUGGUCUUUUGCUGAGCAGUGCUUAUAUCAUCUAUUACCAAAGUGAAGAAUUUCCGAGUAAGAACCUUAUUUUCAGUAGGGCUGCACACAAAACACACACACUGGAAAACAUUUUUCUCACUUCUUUUAAUUCCAUGAAGGGAAUAUGACAAUGCAAUAUACAGUGUUGUCAGUGUUGUAUUAUGCACAAAAUAUUUGACUUGCUAGAUUAAAAUGUUAGUUUUAAAGCUGUGCCUUAAUAGUGACCAGUUAUCUGUAAAUACAGAGCAGAUACAGAUUGUAUUUUUGUGGGUUGUCCUUUUAGUGAUUUUUUUAAAAUGAAAGGUGGAAUUAAAAAUAUUAAAAAUGGGAAUUUUUUCAAAACUAAUCAAUUGUUAUAUGGAAAAAAAUAAAUGUAUGUAACCCCCUGGUAUUCUGUUUGGUAAGUUAAAUAGUUUUUAUUUUGA